UCUAGUUGCGUUGGUGGAGGAGGAAGAGGAAGAAGCAAAGACCAAGAAAAUGCACAGAUCGCGAUCGGUGCAAAAGGCAAUGUGGAGAGGAAGUAUCAAAGCGUAAAAAUCGAAGGCGGCCGCCAUCAGCAUCCGCGAAACACAGCAACAACGGGAGCAGCAAGAACGGAGGAUUCAGCAACAGCAAAACAACAACAGAAUAUACAGCACAGCGAGCACAGAAAUACACACAUAAGAGAAAUCAAAAUAAAAAGGCAGCGACAGUUCUUUCCUCUAUCGCUCUGGACCCUGCCAGUGAGAGUUGACGGAUGCGGAGGAGUUCGCAGCCAUCGGUGGAGCAGCAGACGACGAAGAGUAACAGGAAGUGGAAGUGGUAGAGGAACCAUAAUAGCAAUAUACUUGACAAAAAUACACCGCCUUAGCCUUAAAGAAUAGACAACAACGACGACAACUCCACUCCACUCCACACCACUCCACACCAAAUCAAAACCAAACCAAUCAAAGGCCCAACUGCAGCUCUUCAAACUCCCCAGUCCCUAUCCCACGUAAGCAACAAAAAUGUCCUCGCCGAGUGCCGGAAAGCGUCGCAUGGACAACGAUGUGAUCAAGCUGAUCGAAUCGAAGCACGAGGUCACCAUCCUUGGCGGCCUCAACGAGUUCCAUGUCAAGUUCUUUGGCCCCACAGAGACGCCGUACGAGGGCGGCGUGUGGAAGGUGCGCGUCUACCUGCCCGAUAACUAUCCCUUCAAAUCGCCCAGCAUUGGGUUUGUGAACAAGAUCUAUCAUCCGAAUAUUGACGAGUCCUCUGGGACAGUUUGUUUGGAUGUGAUCAAUCAGGCCUGGACUGCACUGUAUGAUCUAUCGAACAUCUUCGAAUCGUUCUUGCCCCAGCUGCUCACAUAUCCCAAUCCGGUCGAUCCGCUCAAUCGGGAUGCGGCCGCUUUGUACCUGCACGAGCCGGAGGAGUAUCAUCGCAAGGUGGCGGACUAUGUGCAGCGAUAUGCCACCGAGGAUGCGUUGCGGGCGGCGCAGCAGGAGCGUGAGAGCAGUGACAGUGAGUCGAGUAUGUCCGAUUAUAGUGAGGAUGAGGCCAGGGAUAUGGAGUUAUAAUAUCGGUUGGAAUGCCAGCAGCAGCCAACUAAGGAUCUACCGCUAACACUAACACUGACAACAGCCUAAUAUAUAUAUAUAUAUAUAUAUAUAUAUA